AUGUCGGCCAACUAUUGGGACUCGACGCAGCGGCGAUACUGGCUCUUUACAAAAGACCAGCUGAACACGAUGCGCAGCAAGCUCGAGCAGGACAACAUCGACCUCGUGCGGAUGUUUCCCUUGUCUCAGCCCCGACACCUCGCCAUCUUUUUCAAUCAACAACUCAUUCGCCUCGGCAAGCGCCUCACGAUCCGCCAGCAGGCCAUGGCCACGGCCCAGGUCUACCUCAAGCGCUUCUAUUCGCGCGUCGAGAUCCGCCGCACAAACCCGUAUCUCGUCAUCACAACCGCCAUCUAUCUCGCCUGCAAGAUGGAGGAGUCACCGCAGCACAUUCGCCUCAUCGUCACCGAGGCCCGCCAGCUAUGGCAGGACUUCAUAGGCCUCGACACCUCACGCAUCGGCGAGUGCGAGUUCUUCCUCAUCUCCGAGAUGAGCUCCCAGCUCAUCGUCCACCAGCCCUACCGGACCCUCACCUCGCUCCGCAGCGAGCUCGCCCUUGUCGACGAGGACGUCCAGCUCGCCAAGUCAGUCAUCAACGACCACUACAUGACCGACUUGCCCCUGCUCUUCCCACCGCACAUCAUCGCGCUUGUUUCCAUUCUGCUCGCCCUCGUCCUGCGGCCCAACUCUGUCGCCCCGGGUCAGCAGCCCGGCGCGGCGGCCGCGGCGGGGCUCGCGGCCGCGCAGGCGGCCCUCAGCCAGGUUCAGGGAGGCGGCGUCAUGACGCCGGGUGGUGGCGCGAUACACGGGCUGCCGCUUCCGCCGCCGGUCAUUUCGGGGCAGGAGGCGCGCGAGAAGCAGCAGGAGGCGCGCAUCACCCGUGUGCAGCACUUUGCGGCGUGGCUGGCCGAGAGCACGGUCGACAUUGCGUCCAUGGUGGACGCGACGCAGGAGAUUAUUUCCUUUUACGAGUGCUACGAAAAGUAUAAUGAGAAACUGACAAGGGAACAAAUCAAUCGCUUCGUCAAGGCGGGCAGCUUGGAUCGAUAG